AUUUAGUUGACCAGCGGCUCGAGCGGGAGACAGGUGUCGUCGUCGUCUGAGCGUUUAUAGGCCAGCCCGUAAUAUUAGUAUUAGUUAUUUUCAAGCAGCAAGCAGCACCCCGCCACCCAGAAUGGAGCAGUGGAACAAUGUGGAGCUGACGAACAUGUCCAAAAAGUCGUACACACUGAAUCAUGCCUAUAAUAUGGCCGAAAAGCUCAACAACGAGAAUGCUACUGUGUCCUCCAAUGGCAAUGGCAGCGACAGUGAACCAGCAAAAGAGCAAACAGAGAGCUUGCUCCUCAAGCCAGGCUCGGAUGUGAAGCCCAAAGUGGAUCCGGACGAUGUGGAGAACCUCCUGCGACGACUCUAUGGCAUUACAGUGAGCGAAGUGAAGGAGAUUCUGGCCUACGAUGAUCGUAACUUUUUGAUCCAUGAAGAUAGCAAUGUGAAGAAUCCUCUGAUUGUGUCCCAUUGUCCCCAUGGCUAUGUCCUGAAGAUAAUGAACUCGUUGGACUCUAAGAACGAAAAAAUUGUGGAUGCACAGAAUCAAGUGAUGCUUUAUUUAUCUAAACAACAAAUAAAGUGUCCCCGUCCAAUUGCUAAUGCCAGCGGAAAGUAUUACUCGGUGGAAAAGCUAAAUGGCACAGCCCAUGUGGUGCGCCUCUUGGAGUUUGUUCCUGGCCAAAUAUUCCGUGAAGUUCCAAUCACAAAUUGCCUUUUGUUCCAAAGCGGCGAAUAUUUGGCGAAAUUGGACCGAGCUCUCAAGGACUUUUCCCACGAAGCGUAUGAAAACCACACGACAACAUGGUUGCUGCAGAAUGUACCGCGCGUAAGGGAGUUUCUAUUCGCCGUCAAGGAUAAGGAGCGCAAGGAAUUGUGUGAGGAGGUGAUCGAUGCCUUCGAGUCGAAGGUAUUGAGUGUGGUGUCCACCCUGGAGCAUCAGAUCAUCCACGGCGACUUCAAUGAGUCGAAUAUUGUGGUUGAAUCGGCAACAAACCAGACGGACCACAACAUCAAGGGCGUGAUUGACUUUGGGGACACGAGCAAGUCGCCGCUUCUCUUCGAAGUUGGCAUUGCCUUGACCUACAUGAUGCUAGAGGCGAAAGAUCUGGGUAGCGGUGGUGUCUUCCUGGCCGGUUUUGCUAGCAUAAAGCCCAUCAGUAUCACAGAGCUGGGGUAUUUGAAGUAUUGUGUGGCUGCUCGUCUCGUCCAGAGCCUGGUGUUGGGCCUGUAUACGCACAGCUUACAUCCCACCAAUGAUUACCUUCUGUCCACCCAACAAGCCGGCUGGCAGCUGCUCGAGAAACUCUGGAGGGAGAGUUUCGACUCUGUAGACGAACUGUGGUCGACAGCCGGCCAUCAGUACUUGACGCAAAGCAAUAAAUAAAUUAAAUAGAGAAUAUAAAUUGUCAAUUAAAUAUUACUUUUAUCCGAUAUAUUAUUAUCAUAAUCUUUACAAUAAAACUUGUUAAACAAAUACAAAUA